AUGACCACCAUGGAUCUCCGCGUUGGUAACAAGUACCGUAUCGGUCGCAAGAUUGGUUCAGGUUCGUUCGGCGAUAUCUACCUCGGUACCAACAUUAUCUCCGGCGAGGAAAUCGCCAUCAAGCUCGAGAGCGUUAAGGCCAAGCACCCUCAGCUUGAGUAUGAGGCCAGAGUCUACAAGUCGCUCGCUGGCGGCGUUGGCAUUCCCUUCGUCCGUUGGUUCGGCACUGAGUGUGACUACAACGCCAUGGUCCUAGACCUUCUCGGACCCAGUCUCGAGGACCUCUUCAACUUCUGCAACCGAAAGUUCUCUCUCAAGACGGUUCUCUUGCUUGCCGACCAGCUGAUCUCUCGUAUUGAGUACAUUCAUGCUAAGUCGUUCAUCCACCGUGAUAUCAAGCCCGACAACUUCCUCAUGGGUAUCGGUAAGCGUGGUAACCAGGUCAACGUGAUCGAUUUCGGUCUGGCCAAGAAGUACCGCGACCCCAAGACGCACUUCCACAUCCCUUACAGAGAGAACAAGAACCUUACUGGCACGGCUCGCUACGCCUCCAUUAACACUCACUUGGGUGUCGAACAAUCCCGCCGUGAUGACAUGGAGUCUCUCGGUUACGUGAUGCUCUACUUCUGCCGUGGAUCCCUCCCCUGGCAGGGACUGAAGGCCGCUACCAAGAAGCAGAAGUACGAUAGAAUCAUGGAGAAGAAGAUGACCACCCCGACCGAGGUCCUCUGCCGCGGCUUCCCCAACGAGUUCGCCAUCUACCUCAACUACACCCGAUCCCUUCGAUUCGACGACAAGCCCGAUUACAGCUACCUCCGUAAGAUCUUCCGUGAUCUCUUCGUUCGCGAGGGCUUCCAGUACGACUACGUCUUCGAUUGGACCGUCUACAAGUAUCAGAAGAAUGCUCAGGCCAUCGCCCAGGCCGCCGGAGCCACUCAGGAGGAUGAUGAUAAGGCGCGGGCAUCUCGCACGAAUGCCGCUACUGCCGGUCAGCCGACCCCUCAAGUGAUUGAACGAGGAUCUGGUGCUGGUGUUGUCACCCCGGAUACCAACCGUGCCGUCGGUGGAAGCGACAGGAUGUAA